UGCAAAUCCAUGCCCUUACUGGGAAGACAUGGAGCGCUAUGGACACAGUCUACACGAGUCAAGUAGGAAUCUCUACUAAGGGCAUAAAUAUUUCUCCAGUUAGGAAACAAACGAUUUGAGAGACUGAGGGAAAAAGCAAGGGCGGCCCGGUUGAGGAUGGAGUGUGCAUUUGACGCACAGAAUUUGAUCUCGAUUUCUUUGAGGAAAAUCCAAAGCUCCCGGACGCAGAGAGGAGGCAUCAAGCUCCACAAGAACUUGCUGGUAACGUACGUGCUGAGAAACGCCAGGCAGUUUUACAUGAGCAAAAACUUAUCGCAGGCGCAGAGGACGCACCAGUAUGAGGACGUAGCUGCAGCCCGUGAGCGGCAAGAAUACCUCGAAUUGACCGGCAGCUUCACGGAGUUGGCCGAUGACUUCUACUGCAACUUUACUGGGCUGGAGUCCGGCAACUGGCACUGCGGAGCGCACCAGCCCAGCGGGCAGCCCGCAGAGGUGGCGCACCAGGACGCGUCUCCCUGCGCAAUGGCUUCACCAAGUGACCCCGAGCUCAUGGUUCCGGAAGCCUGUUGGAGUUGCGCGGACAAAUCCACCUGGGAGUUACCUAUGCCGAACGCGCAGGCCAACCAGAAGACCGUCCUGGACCUGGACACGCAUGUGGUGACUACUGUCACCACCAAUGGAUACUUCCACUCAGACUGUUGCGCGCAGCCAAAGCAGCCGCAGGGCGCGCAGUGCUACGCAAAAAAGCGAAAGAUGGACGCAAGUUAUCACAUUGUUGAUCCAGAGUUUUAUUUGCCAGACUUUGGGCCGGUGCCAUGUAAAAGGAUGCGGACGGACGAUGACACGCAUUCGGAUUCGGAGCAGUUGGGCAGCACAAACAUCUCCAACCUGAUCUCAGUGUUGGGUUCAGGUGGACUAUCUGACUUUGUCAGCUGGCAGCAGACGGACCUUGAGCAAAUAUUCGCCACUCAAACAAUUUGUUUAAAACACACACUGUUGACAGGCAGCGGCUGGACCAGAGCAAUCGAAGCAUUUUGAUAUGUAUGACUGUUUUUCUUUGUAUCGUUUUAUUUUAUUGCUUACAAAUAAACCAUGACACGACUGCAA